GUGUUUCUCGCUCUGUUUCCAUAUAUUCCAAUCAUCGUCCUCUCCUUCCCCUAAUAGAUUUUUUCAUUCCGUUUCAAAUGCACAAAUUCCACAAAUUUCAGCGAUCUCUCUCUGUCUCUCAAUCCCUGUUUUCGUUCCCUAGGACCCUCUUCUUUUUUCUUCUCUCUGUUCUUUCCCACAAAACCUAAUUCUUCCAUCCACGCCUCUCUUCUUUCCCCCAUUCAAACCACGGCCUCCCUCCCUUCUCACAUUUGCAAUUUGGCCUCUUACUCCCACCAUUGAUUCGCCAACACUCCGACCUUGUUUCGAUUAACCAGCGUUUUGUGUCUCGUUGGGUUUUGAUAAUAUCUUCCGUAUUCAAUAUCGCCGAUUUUAUUUUUUAUUUUUUCCUUUUUCCCUUUCCUAUAAGGGUUUUGUACCCGUUAACCUUGUAGAUUUUAUUUCAAUUUCUCACCAAGAUAUUCCUAACUUAUAAUUGUUAUUUUUGCAAUAUAUUUUUGCAUAUACAGUGUUAAUAUCUGAAAUUAUUUAGGGUUCUGUGUCUGUGAUCUUUUCUGAAACGCCCAUAAUUCUUGGCGGCAUUUACAGCGCACAUGCCAUUUCUAAAAAGCCUAUCUGGGCCUGCUUGUUGAGCUCUGAAAGUUUCCUUUUUAAGCAUAACUGAUAAAUUGUCAGAUUCGGGGGUUUAUUGGACCCCAAAACAACUUCUUUGUAUUAACGUCCAAAGUUACGUCUCUUGCUUUUGAUAUCUGUUUUUUGUCUUCUUUCUUGUUGUUUGUUUUGGGUGGAAGGAGAUAUUGUAGUUAUUGAGGGUUUUCGGGGAGAAAGUCUAAGCUUGCAUGGGCGAACAUGAGGAAUGGGCACAGCCACCGAGUGGGCUAUUGCCGAACGGCCUGUUGCCCAAUGAAGCAGCCUCCGUAAUGCGGGUGCUUGACCCUGACCGAUGGUUGAUGGCUGAGGAAAGGACUGCAGAGCUUAUUGCCUGCAUCCAGCCCAACCCUCCGUCUGAGGAGCGCCGAAAUGCGGUGGCAGAUUAUGUGCAGCGGCUCAUUAUGACGUGCUUUCCCUGCCAGGUGUUUACCUUUGGGUCUGUUCCGCUCAAGACUUAUUUGCCUGAUGGUGACAUUGAUUUAACAGCCUUUAGUCAGAAUCAAAAUAUGAAAGAAACAUGGGCUCAUCAAGUUCGUGAUAUUCUGGAGAAUGAGGAAAAGAACGAGAAUGCUGAAUUCCAUGUAAAAGAGGUUCAGUACAUUCAGGCAGAAGUGAAGUUAAUCAAGUGUCUUGUGGAAAAUAUUGUGGUGGACAUAUCAUUCGACCAGCUUGGAGGAUUGUGCACUCUUUGUUUCCUUGAGGAGGUUGAUGAUUUGAUAAAACAGAAUCAUUUGUUUAAGCGUAGCAUUAUAUUGAUAAAGGCCUGGUGCUAUUAUGAGAGCCGGAUCCUGGGUGCUCACCAUGGGCUUAUCUCAACUUAUGCCUUGGAAACCUUGGUUCUUUACAUAUUUCAUGUCUUUAAUAAUUCCUUCGCCGGACCUCUUGAGGUCCUCUAUCGUUUUCUGGAGUUCUUUAGUAAAUUUGAUUGGGACAAUUUUUGUGUGAGCCUAUGGGGUCCUGUGCCCAUUAGUUCACUUCCAGAUGUAACAGCGGAACCUCCUCGAAAUGAUGGUGGAGAGUUACUACUCAGCAAGUUGUUUCUAGAUGCUUGUAGCUCAGUGUAUGCUGUUUUCCCUGGUGGUCAAGAAAAUCAGGGGCAACCCUUUCUUUCCAAACAUUUUAAUGUAAUUGAUCCUUUGCGGGUAAACAACAAUCUUGGCCGUAGUGUCAGUAAAGGUAACUUUUUUAGGAUACGCAGUGCUUUAACAUUUGGCGCUAAAAGGCUGGCAAGGUUACUUGAUUGCCCAAAAGACGACCUAUUGUUUGAAGUAAAUCAGUUCUUUUUGAACACUUGGGAGAGACAUGGCAGUGGCCAUCGUCCUGAUGCCCCGAGGAAUGACUUGUGGUGCUUGAGAUUGUCCAAUUCAGACCACUUAAAUGAGUCUGAGAGUCUAAGGAGUAAUUCAAGUGGCCAAAGAAAGGACUUUUUCUCUGGUCAUGAAAAUGAAAGUCAAGUUGAUGGAACACAAAGUUCGCAUGGUGAUUCCUUCCAGCAUGGGAAUCAUUCCCUGGAAAGUGCAUCUAGAACCAGUGAUGUUUCUACAGUCUCCCAUACUAAAAGUGAAAAUGGAAACCCAAACAACUCGAGGAUAUCCAAUCAGGUUAGACUAGAAAUUAAUUCCAAUCAAGGUACACAUGUGGAUAUGGUUCAGAAGAGUUCUAAAGCUGAUAAAUUGGCGAAUGACAUCCAGGGGAAGUUUGUCUUUGCAAGGACACGUUCCAGCCCUGAGCUUACUGACACGUAUGGUGAAAUUUCUUCUCAUGCAAGGUGCAGUAGAGCCCCAGAAAGUGGAAAAAGCCAGAACUCUUCUGGCAGGUUGGAUAAUAGGAGGAGGAAGAACCAAGGAUCUGAUAUUUUGGCAAGCCAUAACACUAAAACUGAGGAUCCUUCAUCCGUUAGGCACUUCUCAACCUGUCAAGGUCUAGAUACCGCUGCUGAUUCAAACAAUGGUUCCAAUAGUUACCAUGAAGAUUCAGGUUCAGGAGCUAUGAGUGAAGACUUUGCUACUGUCCUGGGGACACAGGGAAUGCAUCAGGACGAGCAAGAUCUUGUGAACAUGUUGGCAUCGUCUACAGCACAUGGUUUUAAUGGACCGGUUCAUCUUCCAUUGAAUAUGGCUUCAGGUCACUUACCACUUCCUCUACCAUCUCCUAUCUCCUCAUCAGUUCUAGCUUCAAUGGGAUAUGCUCCAAGAAAUUUGGGUGGAAUGGUUCCCACAAAUAUCCCAUUUAUUGAGACACCUUGGGGAACCAACAUGCAAUAUCCUCAAUGUUUUCCUUCGCCAUUUGCUCCAAAUUUCCCUGGCAUGGGAUGGAGCUCAAAUCCUGAAGAUUUGAUUGAACUUGGUAAGGAGAACUUUCGAUCAGCUGAAAUGAACCACAGAGAAUCUGAUCAUGAUAACUUGCAUGAGCAGGACAGGGGCUCUGCUGGUGGGUUUGAUCUUGAUCAUGAAAGUUUUGAAAUGCUUCAGUCGGAUGACAAGCAACAGUCAACUUCAGCUAGUUUUAACUUUGUUCCUUCAUCGCGGGUUGCUAGUUCUAAAAUCUCUGCAAGAGUUCAACAGAAGAUUGCAAAAGAAAACCGAGUGUCAUUAAGGGUAGAUCAUAUAGACAAUGUCGAUUAUCAUGAUAACAGAGGAAAUUAUGUUUACCAUGAUGACCAAAUUGCAAGUCCGAGAUCCUUGUCCACUGCACCCCCUAGUUUGCUGAGGAGUAGAACUUCUUCAGAGAGUUCUUGGGAAGGAUCCUCGGCAAAGGUCUCAAAGUCAGCCAAGGAAAAACGGGGUAGGAAAACUGUUACAUCUGCUGUGCCAUCUUCUGUUCAUGUGAAAGGUAAGAGUGUGUCUGAUCUAUCCUCCACUCAAGCAGACGAUGAGAGUAGAGACUGGAGUCCACUCCCAACUGUGGGCAUUGAAACAGUAGAAAGAAGCAUGGGACCUGUUGCUUCUCUAAAUGUUCCAAGCCAUCAAAUUCCUCAAAUGCUUUUAGGUCAUGGUUCACGACAAAGGGUUCCUGAUAAUUCUGGAGUUGUUCCCUUGACCUUUUAUCCUACAGGGCCACCUGUUCCUUUUUUCACAAUGUUUCCAGUGUACAAUUUCCCAACAGAGUCAGGAGCUUCUGAUGAAGUGACGAAUCAUAUAAGUAGGGAAGAGCAGCUGGAUAAUGGAGAUUCUGGUCAGAAUUUUGAUUCAUCCAAGGGACUUGAUCAGCCUGAGGUGUUAAAUAAUUCCAAUUCUAUGAGAAGGGCUGACAUUCUUAGCGGUGACUUUCCUAGGCAUUUGAAAAAUUUGCACUUUGGGCGGUUUUGUCAAAGCUCACGGUAUCCUGCUCCUAUGAUUUAUUCUUCAACUGCUGCGAUGCCUCCCUUUGUAGUACAGGGUCGAUUUCCGUUGGAUGGGACAGGGAGACCUCCGUCAGCAAAUAUGAAUGUCUUCACUCAGUUUAUGAGUUAUGGGCAUCGGGUUGUUCCUGUUGCUCCUCCUCAGUCUGUUUCAAAUAGACCUGCUGUUUAUCAAUGUUAUGUGGAUGAAAUACCAAAGCAGCGCAGUGGGACUGGAACGUACCUGCCAAAUCCUAAGGUUUCUAAUCCGGACAGACAUUCUACAAGUUCCAGACGAGGGAAUUACAGCUAUGAUAGAAGUGACCACCAUGGUGAUAGAGAGAGGAAUUGGAACAUUGAUUCGAGGUCGCGAGCUGCUGGGCGCAGCCAUGGCCGCAGCCAAGCUGAAAAGCCGAACUCAAGAUCAAACCGGUUAGUGGCAAGUGAGAGUCGAGCUGACAGGUCUGGGGGACCACAUAGACAUGACUCAUUCCCUUCAUACCAUUCUCAGAAUGGUUCAGUUCGCUCAAACUCUAUGCGGACUGGUCCUGCCAAUGUGGCAUAUGGAAUGCAUCCAAUACCAUCCAUGAAUUCCAGUGGGGUUUUGUCAAAUGGACCUACUAUUCCUCCUCUCGUUAUGCUGUAUCCUUAUGAUCAUAAUACUGGCUAUGGAUCACAUACUGGACAGUUUGAGUGUGGAUCACUUGGACCUGUGUUCUCAGCUGUGAAUGAAGUAUCACAACUGAAUGAGGGAGGCCAAUGUAGUGGGGGAUUUGAAAUUCAUGGUGUUUCUGCUCAACGGUCCUCACCAGAUGAGCCUUCUUCACCCCAUAUCCAGAGAUCGGUAACUCAGAGGAAAUAUCAGUUGAAAGCUGAGGAUUUUCUGCCUCUUGCAUUUCCAACCGAGGAGGGAAUGAUAAUGGGAGAAAUUAUGAUGAGAAACCUUUCCCGUUUUCGAAUAAGGGAUGCCAUGAUAGAGGAAGAAUUGGCUAUCUGAUUUGAACAUAUCUUAAUAUGUUUCUCAUGGAAAGGUCACCCUUAGUACUGGCCUUGUGCUUGUUUGUACAAUACAUAGUGGGAUGUGCUCUGUUUUCAAGGAUGACAGAGUUUCGGUGGUGCUGGAUGCAGGAAAUUAGUUAGUUUUUCUUUUUAGGCUGAUAACUUGUAACCCCACUGAAAUAGGAACUCCAUGGGCUUCGGAUUUAGGAUUUUUCUUAUAAAUUUCUUCUGUCAGGUUUUUCUCUUACACAAUGUAUUAGGGCUUUUUCAUUAAUAUGGUCAUCGUAUCGCGGCUCUUUUAUUAAUUUGCCUAAUAUGUUACCUGUGUAUCAAUAACAACGAUAAUUUUGGAUGAAAAAUUCUACCUAGCUUUAACUA